CGGAGCUGCGGGGAGCGGCGGCCGCGGCGGCUCGCGGCUGCCUCUGCGCCCGCCUGAUAGCAAAGGGUGUCCCGGGCUUGCUGCCUUUCUCCGCCCAGCCAGCCUUGGCCUUCUGCCUCUCGCCGCCCGGCGCGUCCCGCGCCUCUCCUGCCGCCUCCGCGCAGCCCUGGCGGUGCGAGGCAUGAAGCUGAGCAAAGCCCAGUACGAUGAGAUAGCCCAGUUCCUGGGGCACGUGCAGCCCACCCGGCAGAGCCUGAGGAAGCUGAAGGAGAAGUUUCCUAGUCAAUCGCAGUCCACUCUGCUGAGCAUCUUCUCCCAGGAGUACCAGAAACAAAUCAAAAGAACACAUGCCAAGCAUCAUACUGCUGAAGCUAUCGAAACUUACUACCAAAGGUACCUGAAUGGGGUGAUGAAAAAUGCAGUUGCCCCAGUAUUACUGGACCUGGCCAAUGAGGUGGACUUUGCCCCAUCAUUGAUGGCUCGUAUUGUGUUGGAAAGAUUUCUACAAGAAAAAGAGCAAGCCAUCCCCUCCAAAACUCUUAUAAAUAGUAUGCUGCGGGACCCUUCUCAGAUUCCAGAUGGAGUGCUAGCAAAUCAAGUCUAUCAGUGUACUGUGAAUGACUGUUGUUAUGGACCACUGGUGGACUGCAUCAAACAUGCUAUUGGGCAUGAGCACGAAGUCUUGCUGCGAGAAAUGCUUUUGGAAAAAAACCUCUCUUUCAUAGCUGAAGAUCAGCUUCGUGCAAAGGGUUAUGACAAAACACCAGACUUUAUUUUGGAAGUACCAGUAGCUGUGGAAGGACACAUAAUUCAUUGGAUUGAAAGCAAAGCCUCAUUUGGUGAUGAAAGUAGCCACCAAGCCUACUUGCAGGACCAGUUUUGGAGCUACUGGAACAGGGUGCAACUAUUGUGGCUGUGGGUGGAAGAGAAGUUUUUCUUCUUAGGAUAUGUGAAUGCUCCAUAUGCAAUUUUUAACCUGACAGGAUAAACUGAUUUUCUGUUUUAAAAUCUGAAGUUACAGGAGAUAUAACUUCAAAGUGAAUAGUGAAUCAGAGCUAUGUUUAUCCCUCUUAUAUGUCAGAGUUUAAGUGCAAUGUUUUAUGUAUACAGUCAUCAUGACAGUUAAAAAGGCUAUAAAGAAAAGCAAUUAUAUAAUUGCUUUAAAGAAUUAAGUAGCACAGAUAAAGGCUUUUAGAAGCUACAGAACAGUUUUAAUAAUUAUAUCACCUGAAGUCAAGCUGCAAAAUUAUGUCCUAAUUAUUUGCAAUGAGUAAUUAUCUAUAAAGUUGUAAGCUUUAAAGAUUUUAUGAGAGAGUAGGGGAGUUCUUUGAUUUAUUUUUUUUUCCCCCCACACACUAAAACAAUACCCCAUCAUUUUCUAUUUUAGCAGUUUUCACAAUUUAAACAUUAAAUUCUUAUUGUUGCUUUCUGUUAUAUUAGUAGUGUGUGUUUUGCAAUUCUAAUCUUCACGUUUUUCUUUCUUUAUCACUGAAGCAGGCCUUUUGAAGCCAGGGAAUUUUUCAUAGCAAUAUUGACAGUGUUCGCAUUUGCAUGAUGACAGCCAAGGAAUGGAGCAGUAAUUUUUGAAAUUGCAGAAGUAUUUAGAACACUGAUAAAAGCUGAAAUAUAUUUUUGAUGGAUUGAAGUUAAGCAUACAUGAUUUUUCCUGCUGUCAAAAGGCUCUGAAUUUAGUGAAUAUUUGCCUGCUGUGAGAAUGCAAGAUUAACAUCACAACCAUCACCCGGGCACCCAAACCCUGCAAUUUAAUAGCUUUUUAGGUUCUUUCCUUUUUCUAAACAGCAAUUAAUCUCAUUUUAGUACAAUUUUCUCGUUUCUGAAGUCGCUCAUUGAAUCGCUGUUUUGUUCAUAUUUGGCUUCAGCUCCUCUGCAUAGUCAUUAAAGUCCCAAUUAAUGUCACCUUUAGCUGAAGAGUACUCAUUUUUAUUGAGAAAAUGACAGUUGCUGCCAUGAGUAGUGCAGUGUAAUAUACAUUAAUUGCCCUGUAACACUGGUAAUUACGAGUUUUUCAAGCCUCUCAGUAAACUGUCAUGCCUAGACAAGACUGUGCUA